AUGUCGAAAGUUGGAGCACCUACAGAUGAGACUCAGCGCCUAAAGGAAAUGGUUGAAAGCCAGCUUCAUAGACUGCUGUGCCAGCUCAAAGAUCUUGAUGAAUUGAAAGAUCAACUUACAGAAGAAGAAAUUACCGAAACAAAAGCCGAAACAAUGGAUGAAUUACGUGAAUUUAGAGACUCAUUAGAUCGUAUGCUUGCAGGUGAUAUGACUCUUAUGACAGAAUUAAGCGCAAUGCGUCUUGCAAUUAGAGCUGCUAUUAAUGAAGCCUUCAAAACACCAGAAGUCAUUCGUAUGUUUAGCUCUCGUCGUACUGAUGAGCUCAAGAAUAGUCUUGAGAAGCUCAAAGAAGCCUGGCAUCUUAAAUCAAUCACUAAACAAAUGUAUGAAGAAAAAGCUGUUGAAAUUCUUACUGCCUUACAAUCUCUUGGAGAAUCGCUCUCUAACGAGGAUGCUGCAUUCCUUAAAACACAGAUGUCCGCGAAGUUCAGCGAAUUCGAAGAAAGCUCCAACAGCGUCAACCAAGCUCAACAGAAAUCUCUUAUCGACAAGUUUGGCUCAGAAGCCAAAACUGCCGGUUCGAAGUAA